AUGCUUUUGGAAAGGAAUGUUAAUCCUUAUAUUAAAACUGUACUCAACGACAGCAUUACGACUGUUUUGCACGUGGCAGUAUUGAAGAUAUGUCCAGAAAUGCUGGAAAUCAUACUAACUCACAACGUCAAUGUCAAUGAACCCAAUGAUUUUGGCCAAAGAGCUCUACAGAUCUUGUUUGAACGAAUAAUGAUGCCAGGUUUUUCAACAAUGAUUCGCCUGCUAUUGUCAAAGGGAGCAACACUUGAUUUAAAUAAGUUGGAUAGCCGUGGUAACACAGUCUUACAUAGAUUGUUACAAAACAAAUAUUUUCCUAAUGACGACGAGGAUCUUGCGGCUGCUGUUAGAUAUAUGUCAUCUUUGAAUGACGUCGUUAAUUGGCAGAACUCUGACGGUAAGACACCCCUUCACCUGGCAGCCGAGAACGGGAAGAAUCGCGUCCUUGAAAUUUUGUUGCCAACUUACCACUAG